CCCGGACACGGGAGCUCGGAAAUACGCCUUUUACUGGUCCUUCCCCCUCUACUCUCCCUUCCUCCCCCUGACCAUCCAUCCGUUCCUCCGAUCAGUUCCAACUUCCAACCUCCGAUCCCAACGAGAAAACCAAUACUGACACCUCUGCCUCGCAACGCGGCGCGCGGCCGUGCUGCGAUCGAUCGACCGGCCGGAGUCCGGCAUGCAAAUGGGAGCUGCCUGGCGCGGGCGGCGGCGGCGGUGAUGGGCGCGGCGAGCUCUAGGCUGGAGAAGGCGCUGGGCGAGCAGUUCCCCGAGGGCGAGCGCUACUUCGGCCUCGAGAACUUCGGCAACACCUGCUACUGCAACAGCGUCCUGCAGGCACUUUACUUUUGUGUUCCUUUCCGUGAGCAAUUACUGGAGUACUAUGCAAAUAAUAAAAGCACCGGAGAUGUCGAAGACAAUAUGUUAACGUGCUUAGCUGACCUGUUCUCUCAGAUCAGCAACCAGAAGAAGAAAACAGGUGUUAUCGCUCCUAAGCGUUUCAUACAACGACUGAAGAAACAAAAUGAGAUUUUUCGCAGCUAUAUGCACCAGGAUGCACAUGAAUUUCUGAAUUUUUUGCUUAAUGAGCUAGUUGACAUCCUAGAGAAAGAAUCUAAAGUUGUUGCAGAACCUUGUGAAAAUUCCUCUUUGAAAAAGAAUUCAAACGGGCCUAUAAAUGUUCAACUCAAUGGUACUAAAAAAGAACCAGUUCCUACUUUGGUCCACAAAUGCUUCCAGGGCAUAUUGACUAAUGAAACAAGAUGUCUAAGAUGUGAGACUGUGACUGAUAGAGAUGAAACGUUUUUUGACCUAAGUCUGGAUAUUGAACAGAAUAGUUCAAUUACCAGCUGUCUUAAAAACUUCAGCUCGACUGAGACUCUGAAUGCUGAGGAUAAGUUCUUCUGUGACAAAUGCUGCAGUUUGCAAGAAGCACAGAAAAGAAUGAAGAUAAAGAAACCACCAAACAUUCUUGUAAUUCAUCUCAAGCGCUUCAAGUAUAUUGAACAGCUUGGUCGCUACAAAAAGCUAUCAUAUCGAGUUGUUUUCCCUCUGGAGCUUAAACUUAUCAAUACUGUUGACAACUCAGACUUGGAAUAUUCCCUUUUUGCUGUGCUAGUUCAUGUUGGAAGUGGACCAAAUCAUGGCCACUAUAUCAGCUUAGUGAAGAGCCACAACCACUGGUUGUUCUUCGACGACGAGAAUGUUGAGAUGACUGAUGAGUCCAUGGUACAGACAUUCUUUGGCUCAGCACAAGAGUUCAGUGGUAACACUGAUAACGGCUACAUACUCUUCUAUGAAAGCCUUGCUGAAAAAAGUUGAUGUCUCUCUCACAUUUUUCGAUAGUUAUACAGUUAUCAUUUUAUUACCACACUGCCUGCACCUGAUAAUAUAGAAGAUUCAGUAAUUAGAAUAAGUUGAAUGAAAGACCAUUCAACUUUAGAUAUUAUAUGGUGGAAUCUGCGGUAGGCAAUAAAAGAAAAUGACGAGUUUUGUGGAAGGUGCUAUAGCGGCAUAAAUCCACAGGUUUCUUGUUUUCUGUUUAUUUUUCUGUUCUUUGGUUUAUGCGUACAGGUUGUACCAAUCCUGGGAUAAUGUUUAUUUAAAGUUUACCAUGUAUAAAAAUAUGCUUGUACUGGAAGCCGUUUGGCUCUGAGUAAUUUUUUUUUUUGUUUAGAAACAUAAAGCUGAUA